UUGGGAACGAUAAAGCUUGGGACAAGAAGGCAGUCAUUCAAUGAAGAUGUGUUUGAAGCUAUCGCAGUGUACGCUCUGGUAUAGGGGAUCCUGCAAUCUUCUUGCACAGCAUUUUAACACAUCACAUAAAGUGAGGGAAGGGGAGCGUUUGUUUGAUUUUUUGUAGACGAACUUGUCACGUGGUCAACAAGUAAUGAACGUUUACAUACCAUGUCUAAAAAAGCCAGAAGGUGGAGUCAACGAGCUCGUGCACAGCAAAUGGUAUGCCCGUUCGAGGGCAAUAAAGGAGUUUCGCGCUACACUUACGCCAUGUUCAAAUAAGGGCAAAGAGGCGGAGCAGCUGCCAUAUAUGGACCAUAGACGUUAUGAGUCACCUGGGACAAGAAGAAUAUAA